AUGUCGUUUUGUCUCAAAGUUGACAGGGAGGCAGAGAAUGAUUUCGAAUUUGUUAGGAAUUUGGCAAUCUUCCGAUUGAAAUCCAUCUGUUCUCUCGUUUUUUCGUAUAUAACUCACGAAGAUCCAACAAUUACAUUUGAUAAAUUAUAUGAACUCCUUGAAUUGGAUCGUGAAAGAUUAGAGCACUGUGUGUUUGUAAUUGGAUACAUAUUCUCAGAGUGCAUUAAACACCGCAUAAAUCCUUAUGACUUUUGUGAUGUGAUACUUCCAGCAAAGUUCAAUGAGAAUACAGUGGCAGUCUUAUCCCAAUUUUACGAUCGAAUCAACUUAGCACUCAAAAAACAGGGAGGGAGCGAUUCAUCGUCUCAGGAAAGUACGGCUCGCAUAUUGACUAACGUUCGGUGGAGACUCGACGUGGAGAUUAGCAACCAGUGUUUAAACAGAGUGUACAAUCCUUCCUAUCUCAUUGAGUUGGGGUCCAGUCAUCAGGGUGGAAAGCUGAGAGAAUAUUUCGAAGUUGACUACAGCACGCUGAAAACCAUUCGGGAUACGCUCCAAAACUCAAUUCAGACCAGCUGGAAGUCAUGUUGUAAUGAUUUUCGAUAUAUUAUUUCUGCAAACUAUGUCUGGACUGCAUGUACAGUGAUCCAGCAAUUGCCAUCUUUAUCAAAGUCAGUUGAUUCCUUCCGGAUUGCAUCCAAUAAUUCUUUAAAUAACUUCCCCAUGUCUUGCAUUGACUACAACUUAGACUUUGAUACCAUUCUUGCGAACACACCUUUCAAGUACCGAAAUACCAAGAUCGUAUGCACGCUCGGACCUGCUUGCUGGGAUGUGGAUACUCUGGUCAAGAUGAUUGACGCCGGAAUGAAUGUUGCCCGUUUCAACUUCUCUCACGGAACGCACGAAUCUCACGGAAAAGCCCAUGAUAACCUGAUGGAAGCUCUGAAGCAGCGUCCUGGAAAGCACGUUGCUGUGAUGCUGGAUACUAAGGGUCCUGAAAUUCGUACUGGUUAUUUAGUCGAUGGUCAGAACAUUACCAUCGAAAAGGACUCGAUCGUUGAGAUCACUACCGACUACACGAUCAAGGGCGAUUGCCACCGCAUCUCUUGCUCCUACAAAGAUCUUCCCACUUCCGUGAAGAUGGGUCAGCUGAUCUACGUUUCCGACGGUGAUCUGACGUUCCAGGUGACGGAGAUCGGCACAGAUUCGAUUCGCUGCAAAGCGCUGAAUACCGCGACGAUCGGCCAGACCAAGAACAUGAACAUCCCCGGAGCCAUCAUCACGCUCCCCACGCUCACAGAGAGCGACAUUCGCGAUAUCACGGAAUUCCCGAAGCACUACCGCGUGGAUUGCAUCGCGGCGUCCUUCAUCCGCCGAGGCUCCGAUAUCGACACGAUCCGCCGUGUUCUGGGCCCCGACCUGCAGUACAUCCAGAUCAUCGCGAAGAUCGAGAACCAGGAAGGCCUGCAGAACUACGCGGAGAUUUUGGAGAAGGUGGACGGCAUCAUGGUCGCUCGCGGCGAUCUGGGAAUGGAGAUGGCGCCCGAGAAAGUGUUCCUCGCGCAGAAGUACAUGCUCCACGAGGCGGCGCUGCGCGGUCGAUUCACGAUCACCGCCACGCAGAUGCUGGACUCGAUGAUCAAGAAGCCGCGACCCACGCGCGCGGAAUGCACGGAUGUGGCCAACUCGAUUCUGGACGGAUCGGACGCUGUGAUGCUCUCGGGAGAGUCGGCGAACGGACUGUAUCCGAUCGCUGCCGUCUCCAUGCUGCGUCGACUCAGCGAGGAGACCGAGAAGAUCUAUCCCGCGGCGCGUGUGGUGCGUCGCGUGUAUGAGCUGGGAGCGCAGAAAUACGGAGUGGGAGACGUGGAGGCCGUGUGCCAUGGAGCGGUGGAGCAGGCUCUGCAGGAGCACGCGGUGGCGAUUGUGGCGGUGACGCGCGGAAACGAGCUGCCGCGAUGGAUCAGCAAGUAUCACGCCGCGCAGCCCAUCUUCGUGCUGACCGACAACGCGGUGAUGGCGAACCAGGUCGAUGGAUAUUACAGAGCGUGCAGAACCGUGAAGGUGAGCGAGGCGGUGAAGAGAGAGGAGGUGGCGAAGAAGAUUACCGAGGCUGGAUUUGUACUGGAUAGUGGAAAACUGGUUGUUGUGGACGACUGGGAGAAGAGUGUGGAUGUGUAUGUUAUUGAGGCUUACCUUGUUUGUGACAAACAUUUUCUUUUUUGA